GACCGCUGCAGGGCGGGAGGUGGAGGCGUCGGCUGAGCAGGUUCCAGGUCCAGGGCUGAGGGCGCUAUGGCGCCUGGCUGCAAAACUGAGUUACGCAAUGUGACAAAUUCUCAGUCUAACCUGCCGAGUAAUGAAGGUGAUGCCAUCAAAAUUUUUGUGCGAAUUCGUCCACCUGCCGAGGGCUCUAGGUCAGUUGAUGGAGAGCAUGGCUUGUGCUUAUCUGUGCUUUCCACAACAAGUCUCCGGUUGCAUUCCAGCCCUGAGCCCAAGAUCUUCACAUUUGAUUAUGUUGCAGACAUGGACACCACGCAGGAAUCUGUAUUCUCAACUGUAACUAAAAGCAUUGUGGAGUCUUGCAUGAGCGGCUAUAAUGGUACCAUCUUGGCAUAUGGGCAGACUGGCUCAGGGAAGACAUUUACUAUGAUGGGACCAUCUGAAUCUGAUAAUUUUUCUCACAACCUGAGAGGAGUAAUUCCCCGAAGUUUUGAAUAUUUAUUUUACUUAAUUGAUCGUGAAAAAGAGAAGGCUGGUGCUGGAAAAAGUUUCCUGUGUAAGUGUUCCUUUAUUGAGAUCUACAAUGAGCAGAUCUAUGACCUGCUGGACUCUGCCUCAACUGGACUGCACUUACGAGAACACAUCAAGAAGGGAGUGUUUGUUGUUGGUGCAGUGGAGCAAGUGGUCACUUCUGCUGCUGAAGCCUAUCAGGUGUUGUCUGGAGGAUGGAGGAACAGACGUGUGGCAUCAACAUCAAUGAAUAGAGAAUCCUCUAGGUCUCAUGCAGUCUUUACAAUCACAAUAGAGUCAAUGGAAAAAAGCAAUGAGACUGUGAAUAUUCGAACCUCCCUACUCAACCUGGUGGAUUUAGCAGGAUCUGAAAGGCAAAAAGAUACCCAUGCAGAAGGGAUGAGGUUGAAGGAAGCAGGUAAUAUAAACCGAUCAUUGAGCUGCCUAGGCCAAGUGAUUACCGCACUUGUUGAUGUGGGUAAUGGAAAACAGAGACACGUGUGCUACAGAGACUCCAAACUUACCUUCUUGCUACGGGAUUCUCUUGGUGGUAAUGCCAAAACAGCCAUAAUUGUAAAUGUUCAUCCCGGAUCCAGGUGUUUUGGGGAAACCCUGUCAACACUUAAUUUUGCUCAAAGAGCCAAGCUGAUUAAAAACAAGGCAGUGGUAAAUGAAGACACGCAAGGAAAUGUGAGCCAGCUCCAAGCUGAAGUGAAGAGGCUCAAAGAACAACUGGCCCAGCUUACUUCCGGGCAGACACUUCCAGAAAGCCUUCUGACUAGAGAUAAAGAAAAGACUGAUUACAUGAAGUAUUUCCAGGAGGCAAUGGUAUUCUUUAAGAAAUCUGAACAGGAAAAGAAGUCUCUGGUAGAAAGAAUUACCCAAUUAGAAGAUCUCACCCUCAAAAAGGAAAAAUUUAUUCAGUCGAAUAAAAUGAUUGUGAAAUUCCGAGAGGAUCAAAUCAUGCGGCUAGAGAAGCUCCACAAGGAAUCCCGGGGAAGUUUUCUGCCUGAGGAACAGUGUCGCUUACUCUCAGAAUUAAGGGAUGAGAUCCAGACUCUCCGAGAACAAAUAGAGCACCACCCUGGAGUUGCAAAAUAUGCUAUGGAAAAUCAUUCCCUCAGGGAAGAGAAUAGAAGACUGAGAUUAUUAGAGCCUGUGAAAAGAGCCCAAGAAAUGGAUGCCCAGACCAUUGCAAAACUAGAGAAAGCUUUCUCUGAAAUAUCUGGCAUAGAGAAAAACAACAAAUGUCAGCAAGGCUUUUCUCCCAAAGCUCCAAAAGAACCAUGUUCAUUCGCAAACACUGAGAAAUUAAAAGCACAACUCCUGCAAAUUCAGACAGAGCUGAAUAAUUCAAAGCAAGAAUAUGAAGAAUUCAAAGAACUAACUCGGAAAAGGCAGCUAGAAUUGGAAUCAGAGCUUCAGGCUUUGCAAAAAGCAAACCUUAAUCUUGAAAGCCUUUUGGACGCAACAAAAGCCUGCAAGCGGCAAGAAGUUUCUCAACUGAAUAAAAUUCAUGCUGAAACACUUAAGAUUAUAACUACACCAACCAAGGCUUAUCAACUUCGUUCUCGAUUAGUACCAAAAUUAAGCCCUGAAAUGGGGAGCUUUGUGUGUAAUUCUAGCAUAUUAGAUAAUGAUAUAUUAAAUGAACCAGUUCCACCUGAGAUGAAUGAACAAGCUUUUGAGGCUAUUUCUGAAGAGCUUAAAAAAGUGCAGGAACAAAUGAAUGCUCUUCAAGUCAAGCUAGAUGAGGAAGAGCAUAAAAACCUGAAGCUUCAGCAGCAUAUUGACAAACUGGAGCAUCAUUCGGCACAAAUGCAGGAGCUUUUCUCUUCAGAAAGAACUGAUUGGACCAAACAGCAAGAAGAGCGUCUCUCACAGUUAAAUGUCCUUGAAAAGCUGCUUCAAGAGACUCAGACUGAGAAUGAUUUUUUAAAAAGUGAGGUGCGUGACCUGCGAGUAGUUCUUCAUUCUGCUGACAAGGAGCUUUCUUCAGUAAAACUGGAGUAUAGUUCAUUCAAAAAGAGUCAGGAAAAAGAAUUCAACGAGCUUUCUGAAAGACACGUGCAUGUACAGCUUCAGCUGGGCCACGUCAGAUUAGAACAUGAAAAGCUUCUUGAGAGCCAAGCUUGCCUACAAGAUUCCUAUGACAACUUACAGGAAGUAAUGAGAUUUGAAAUUGACCAACUUUCAAAAAAUCUCCAAAACUGCAAAAAAGAAAAUGAGACUCUGAAAUCUGAUCUCAAUAACUUGAUGGAGCUUUUUGAGGCAGAAAAAGAACGCAACAACAAAUUAUCAUUACAGUUUGAAGAGGAUAAAGAAAACAGUUCUAAAGAAAUCUUAAAAGUUCUUGAGGCUGUACGUCAGGAGAAACAGAAAGAGAUGGCCAAGUGUGAAGAGCAGAUGGCAAAAGUACAGAAAUUAGAAGAGAGUUUGCUUGUUACUGAAAAAGUGAUCGAUUCUCUGGAAAAGUCUAGAGAGUCUGACAAGGAAGUUGUAGCUGAACUCAUGAACCAGAUCCAGGAACUAAGAACAUCAAUCUGUGAGAAAACAGAAACUAUAGACACCCUGAAACAAGAACUGAAGGACAUAAACUGCAAAUACAACUCUGCUUUGGUUGACAAAGAAGAGAGCAAAGCAUUGAUCAAGAGACAGGAAGUGGAUAUUCAGGAUCUGAAAGAAACCCUUAGGCUGAGAAUACUCUCUGAGGACAUUGAGAGGGAUAUGCUCUGUGAAGAUCUGGCUCAUGCCACUGAGCAGCUGAACAUGCUUACAGAGGCUUCGAAAAAACACUCAGAGCUGCUGCAGUCAGCCCAGGAAGAACUGACCAAGAAGGACUCCCUGAUCCAGGAACUUCAGCACGAGCUAAUCCAAAAGAAAGAGGAAGUAGAACAGAAGAAGAAUGAAUAUAACUUCAAAAUGAGGCAACUAGAACACGUAAUGGAUUUUGCUGCCGAGCAUCCCCAGAGUCCUAAAACACCACCACCUCAUUUUCAAACACACUUGGCAAAACUCCUGGAAACACAAGAACAAGAGAUAGAAGAUGGAAGAGCCUCUAAGACAUCUUUGCAACAUCUUGUAACAAAGCUGAAUGAAGACAGAGAAGUCAAAAAUGCUGAAAUCCUCAGAAUGAAGGAGCAGUUGUCUGCAAUGGAAAACCUGCGCCUGGAAUCCCAGCAGUUAAGAGAGAAAAACUGGCUCCUACAAAGUCAGCUGGAUGAUAUUAAAAGGCAGAAGGACAACAGUGACCAGAAUCAUCCCAACAAUCAACAGCUGAAGGGUGAAGAAGAAGAAGAAAUUAUCAAAGAAAGACUUGCUAAAAGUAAAAUAGUCGAAGAAAUGAUGAAAAUGAAGGCAGAUCUAGAAGAAGUCCAGGGUGCUCUUCACAUCAGGGAAAUGGAGUGUCUCCGGAUGAUUGAGGAAAUUGUUCGAACCAGAGCAUUAGAGUCUAAAGCCUUCCAGGAAAAGGAACGUCUGAGAUCAAAACUGGAAGAGAUGUAUGAAGAGAGUGAGAGAAGGUCCCAGGAGAUGACGAUGCUAAGGAAGCAGGUGGAAUUUCUCACUGAGGAGAAUGGGAAGCUGGUGGGCCACCAAAACCUGCAUCAGAAGAUUCAAUACGUAGUGCGACUGAAGAAGGAAAAUGUCAGGCUUGUCGAGGAGUCAGAAAAGUUGCGUGCUGAAAAUAUAUUUUUAAAGGAAAAGAAAAAGAGUGAAUCCUAAGGAUCCUGGUCAACUACCAAGGCAUCAUCUUGUUUGGAGAUUUUUAUUUUUUAUUUUUCUCAAAAGUAAGACAUAGUCUUGUCUACUUAGCAGAGCUGAAUUUGAGGAUCUUAAUUAUGACAUGUGUAUAGGGGGGCAGAAAAUGACCCUUGAGUUUUCUAAUGAACAUACUGUAUACAGGUACACCUGUGACAGUAUGCAGCAUACUAUUAAGGGUGCUACGUCUCCAUUUUCAGACUUGAAAUUGGUUGUAAAUACUGAAAAAACCCUUUUGUCUUUAAAAUAAGAACCUGUAGCUAAGGUUUGCAGUAGCUGUUAGAUCAUUUUCUUCUCAGGUAAUCUCCUUUGAUUCUUGUGGCAGCUCUAACAAUAUAUGGUGGUUCAGUAACUUUCAGUGAAGCUAAUGGUUGGUUUUGUAGUGAAUUUGUUAAUAUAGUUGUGUGGUUUUUUUUUUUUUUUUUGGUAUUCUUUAUUCUC